ACAGCCAGCCACGUGGCUGGAAACUGAAGGUCCUCGGUCGCUCGGCAAUCGAGGGUCACUGUGAUUGGUUCGUGGAGGUCCUUGCCAUGAUAGAUGAGCAAGGAGGACAUGGGAAUGGGGCGGGGUCUACGGGUGGGACGGUGUUGAGCUUCCAUGAUCAUUGCUCGUUUCAAGAGGCAGACAGUGUGAUUAUGGGGAUUAGCGAUGCAGCCGACAGCUCUGGGAAUCAUGUCCAACAAGAGCAGCAUUACCCGUCCAGACGGCCGGAUCGUGCCCAAGUCAGCGGUGAAGAGGAGAUGGUGUCCACGGGGGCAGAAAUGGCCACGUCAGACCGAGGACUUCAGCUGAGAGAGAGGGAGAGUUCACACAAUGUCAUGCUUGAUAGCACCGUCGGAAGCAGCAGUGGUCGGGUGUCGGGGGGCUUGGCGCGCAUGGGAACGGGACUGCUGCUUGGCGAUUCUCGACGGGAGACUGGCGAGAGACGCUGGGACCUACCUCAUGAGUCUCAGAGUGAAGGUGAAAGAGAUCGACAUCGAGCCGCAGCAACGGGUGGAGCAGGCGCUGCUGGCGGUGGAACCGGGCUAGGACAAAGACGGGAAUCCAGGCCAGUAGUACCUCUGCGGCACACCCAGCGGAGUAGCUAUGGUGACGGAGAGUACGACGAUGAUGAAUUCAAUAGUGGAGGAGGUAGUAGACCAAUGGGAAGGAGGUAUAGUCUCCACUCUCACAGAGUCUUCGGCGAUCAUGGUGGACGCUUUUCGAAAAACGGUCUAGGAACAACGCAUCGUGAUUGGUCAAAAUCCUCUCAUCCCUCUGCGGAGGCUUCUGAGACAGAGAGCAUCGCUUCAAGAUCGGCUGCCGCGGCCGCACCUGGGGCCAAAAGGCGUCCUUUCAGUCGGGGUUCUAGUCGCGGUCCCGGUCCCGGUCCCUUGCGAAAGUCGCCGGCCGCUACCCUCCGGUCAGACCAAGACCGGGAGGCCGGAGAUGAUAGAGAUAUGGCCAUUCCCUCUCGAAGGAGCUCAGCAGGUCAUCGCGCAAGCCGCGGCUUCCACCGCGAUGGUACCUCCAGCGAUGAGUUGCAUAGCGAGAUCGAUAAACUACUUGGGGGACUGAAGACGGAACUGGAUGGCUGGCGUGAAGGUUUCGACGACGUUUGCUCGUUCUGGGUAGAAAAAAUGAGACUGGAGUAUCCGGACACCGAGGAAGAUGAUUGGGUAAUGCAAUCCAUGGAGGAGCUCCGGCUGUCACUGGAAAGGUAUGUCGACGAUGUGGAGACGGAGAGGAAGGGGAUGCAGCAGAAGUGUCAAGCGUUGUCGUGUGAGAAAGCCGAAAUGAUGCGGAUGGUUGACGAUGCCGUAGCAGAGGUGGAGGGCCUCCGCGCUGCGGAGAGAGAGGCUAGGGACAAGACCAAAAUGGAAACGGAGAGUGCUAUGAAUGAGCUGCGUGCCCAGAUUAAGUUGCUCAGUUCGGAGCUGGAGGAGAGGGGGAAGCAGCUGCACGAGUUUCGCAAUACGUCAACAAUGCAGUCCAAACACAUUUCUGCACUGCAGGUGUCGUCCAUCGAACGCGAUGAGAAGAUUGUGAAUCAACGGCGAAGGAUCGACGAGCUGGAGAUCAUUUACAUGGACGCAAAGAGGGAGCUGGAAAGGAAAGAGGAGAAGCUUUCUGCCAAUUCUUCCCUGAUCCAAGCCCUUCAGCAGCAACUGGAGGAGAUGAAAGAGGAGAGGAGAAUGGCGGAGGAAGAAAUCCAUCGUAAGAACGAAGAGCUGCAACGCGCAGAUGAUCGCAUCAAUCAGACCACUCACCAACACCUCAGAGAGGUGUCGGCGCUGAAGGCUAGCAUUGCGGAGGUGGAGGAGGCACUGCAACGCAAGGACCAAAGGUUGGUCCAUGUGGAAAAGGUGGUCGCGGACACAGAGAAGGAGCUAGCAGCAGCGAAAGCCGAGCAAAAGGAGGUGAAAAACGAGUCGAUUCUACUGCAACAAGAGCUGAGCUCCAAAACGGAGGAGGCUCGAUACUUGAGGAGUGAAGUGAACAGGAUUAUCGAGGAAAUGGGUGCAUUGAAAACGGAUUUCGACUACUGGAAGGGCGAAGCGGAAAGCUACCGAAGCGAAGUGGAGGCGCUCAAGGCGAAGAAUUCGGAAGCGUCCGCGCAGGUGCUGAAGAUGGAGACGGAAAUGGAAUCUGUGAUGAAGUCUCUAGAAAAAGCGGAGGAGGAGAAGAGGGAGGUGGACGAGGAGAUAAGAAACCUUCGGGAGAAGAUGGAACGCGACGAGGCAGCAUGGGUGCAGGCCAAGGACGCGAUGGAAGAAAAGCAUAAGAAGACUCUGCGAGCUUGGGAGUUGCAGCAGAUUGAGCUGGAGGCAAGAACAAGGGAGAAGUAUGAGACGCUGAUGCUGGAGCAGGAGGAGCAUCUGCAGCGCCUGGAGGCGGAGCGAGUGAGAGCAGCCGCGGCAGAGGCGGAGCGGGUGAGAAAGCUGGAGGCGGACCGCAAGCGGAGGGAAGAGAUGGUCCAGCAGCAGCUGGUUGGCGAGUUGCAUGAGGAGUUCCGGCAGGAGAAAGAGGCUCUGCAAACGGAGGCCCGCGAGGCGGUCAUGGCCAAGGAGAAAGAACUGCUUGCCCAGGCCAAGCAGCACAUUGACACGCUGAAGGAAGAGCAUAGGAAGGAGAUAGAAGAGCUGCGCAUGGAAGCGGCGAAGGAAGCAGCGGCGAUGAAAGCAGCCCAACGGAAAUUCGAGGAGGAGGUGCAAGCGCACGCGCAGCGGGUUGUUCGGGAGCACGUGAAGGUGAUCGAGGAGGACAUGCAUGCAAGGCAAGAGCGGUACAACAGGGACAGAGAGGCAGCUUCUGAGAAACUGUUGGAGAGGGAGCGUGCAGCACACACGGCAGCCAUGGAAGCCCAAGAGAAUGAGCGGCACCUACGAGACGAGCUCGCACGGCUGCAAAGUGUGUGCAAGAUGAACGACGACGAGCUGGCGAUGGCGUUGAGAUCAUCAAAGCAAUCACAGGAGACGGCCGACUUCUACAGGAAGAAGUUGGAUCAGGCAGAAAUAGAGUUGAAGAAGGUAAAAGAGGAGUGGGCAAGAACAGUCAACGCUCACAAUGACGCCAUGCAGAAGCUGCGUGUGGAACGGCGAUCUGAGCUGGAAGACAAGGCAGAUCAGCUGCAGGCGGCAAUUGAGGAGAUGUCAACGAAAUUGGUCAGGAAGGCAAGGGAUGUGAUCAUGGUGGAAGAUGGGGAAUUCACAUUCCAGAAUGAGGCAGCAGAGUACUAUACAGAAGAAGAAGCUCACAUCCCAGGUGAUUCACAUUCCAUGUGAAUUUGGCCCAUGGCGGUGACCACGAUCAUCAGUUGAACCACCACUACUUUCAACGAGGAGAGCCGGAGCAUGAGCGGCUACAGUGCCGUGACGGU